AAUGUCAGAAAUAUGCAACGUAGGUUUUGAGUUGAAGGUAUCUCGUCUGAAAGGGCUAGGAAACCCAAAGGUCCACAACAACCAUGCGGAAGAUAAUUUACACCGGUAUUUUUCUUCUCUGGGUGCUCCAAGUUAGUAAUGUACAAGCAUGGGAUACUGAGGAACUCGAAAUUUUUGAUUUAGUAGAAGAAAUCAAAACAAAUUUUUACGAGUUCAUGGGACUCAAGCAAAAUGCUUCCGGUCAGGAAAUAAAAAGAGCUUUCCGAGGGCUGUCGAUACAGUUGCAUCCGGAUAAAAACCCCUCAGAAGAUGCCAAUAUACAGUUUCGAAAUUUGGUGUCAAUCUAUGAAGUACUAAAGGAGACUUCAAAGCGUGAGAAAUAUGACAAGGUAUUAAAGGAAGGACUGCCAAAUUGGAAGUCGGCUCUGUAUUACUAUCGCCGUAUGCGCAAGAUAGGUUUGUACGAGGGUGCCGGUAUACUUUUCUUGAUCAUUACCAUUGGCCAGUAUUUGUUUGCGUGGGCGGCAUAUUUGGAGAAGAAAUACACAGCGGAGCAGGUGCUGGGCUCUAAGCUGAAAAAAUUGCAAAAAAAGAACAAGAAUAUAGACAUGGACACUAUACUAAACGAAAUACCAACCCCAUCAUUUAAAAAUACUCUACCAAUACAAAUUCCAAUGUUCGUUUGGAAUUUGCCCAAAACAAUAAAAGGUGCAUUCAACAAAGCUAACGAACUCAAAGAGCUAGCACUCGAGAAAAGGCGACAGGAGCUAGAGGAGGCCAAACGACAGGAAGAACAAGAACGAGAAGCUGAAGAAUUGGUAAGGAUGCGCAAAGAGCAAAAGGAAAACCUUAGAAGACGCAAACAAAACACAAAAGCACCAGAAAAAACCGAUGAAGAACUAAAAGGCUAUUCCCAGAUACAAGGCCGCGAAUUAACAGAAGACGAUGCUGUGAAGCCAGUUACCCAAAAGUCACAGCUAAGCGGAGGUUUUUGGACGGACGAGGAUUUAGCGGAGCUCAUACGCCUUGUCAAAAAGUAUCCAGCUGGUUUAGGCAAUCGUUGGGUUAUAAUCGGUGAAGCUAUGAAUCGUACGGUACAAGAAGUAACAUUUAUGGCUGCCAAAAUGAAGGAAAACGGUUAUAGAUUGCCUGGUCAGACAGAUAGUGUUGCUGAAAAUAUUAUACAGGAGACGCAACAGCUAACCAAGAAGGAGAAAACCAAGCAAGACAAAAGCAUAGUUAUACCAGAAACAAAUUGGACACAGGAACAACAAAAAGCUCUGGAAGCAGCAAUUGUUAAGUACAGGAAAACAGCUGGGAGCGAUAGGUGGCAAAAGAUUGCAAACAGUGUUCCUGGCAAAACAAAAGAGGAAUGUUUAGUACGUUACAAAUACUUAUGUGAGUUGGUAAAAUCACAAAAAAAGAGUGAAGAAACUGAAAACAACGAAACUAAUGAAGACCAGGAGGGUCCAGCAGAAAGCGAAGUUAUAAGUAGUACUAAUUCACAACCAGAAGUUGCACAAGCCGUUACAGCAGAAGAAUUUGCCGAUGAUCUUCCAGAAAAGGGUGGUAAAAAACGAAAUAAACGCAAAGAAAGAAGAAGAAAAAGAGAUCUUUCAAGCGAUGAAGACUCCGAUGAUGCUUACACCUAUGAAGUAAAUUAAGUUAUUGUUGCCUUGUGUCAGUCCCCCCGCUCCCCCCAUAUCUUACAGAACAUAAGCCACAGACUUGUGGACUACUAAACGGUAGUUCCUCUAACCUUAAUUUGUAGUGUAACUGUAAUGAGAACAAACGAUACCACUUUUAAUUGCCAUUUGCUUAAUACAAAAGAAACUAUAUACGGUGUUUGGUCAGAUGUUGCAUUUAAGUUCAAUAAAUGCUCAAUGUAAUAAUUGUU